AUGCCGCCCAAGAAGGACACUGCUGGUGCUGAGUCCAAUGCCCUUCUAGUCGGCUUUACGGACAAGGAGACCAAACUCUUGGCCGCUGCCUUUGUCAGCUCAACUGCUCCCGACAAGUACGACUACGACAUCAUGGCUGCGUUGACCGGCAACACCGCUGGCUCCCUCAAGAAGAUGUGGCCUCAGGUCAAGAAGAAGACCCUUGAGGGUCAUGCUUCCUUCGCUGCCUUCCUUGGACAAGCUGGUGUCUCCGCAGCCACCGCUCCUGCUACUAGUGAGCCCAAGCCUGCCGCCCGUGCCAAGGUCGUCAGGAAGCGCAAGGCUGUCGAUGAGGUCCCUGAGGACGCUGAAGACUCUGCCAAAGAUCUUGAUCCUCCCUCCGUCGCCGACAAGUCUGAGGGUGAUAAGUCAGACUCCAAGAAGAAGGCCCCUGCUGUGAAGAAGGAGAAGAAAGCCCCAACUCAGAAGAAGGAGCCAAUCAAGGGCAAGGGACGUCCUAAGAAGGUGGUUAAGAAGGAGGAGUCUGCAUCUGAGGAAGAAGUGAAAGGCGAGUCCGCCGAAAACUCCGCUGAUGGCGGUGACGGCCUUGGUGAGUUUUCCUUCCACAAGAACAUCAAAAAGUGGCUGGACCAUACUGACGGUCAGUUAGGCGGUGAGGUUGAAGACGAUAUCUAG